AUGACCCGGGAACUGAUUGCGUCGCAGAACGUGUCACACUCGCCGAAGGACCCGCCGAAGAUUACCGGCCGCGGCGGUUGCGCCAAGUACUGUGGUACAGCUCCUUCACCCGGCAACAUUUCAUUCUCCAGCUUUCGUCAGUCCUUCACCACCAAUGUCAACUACCUGAAACGGAGGUUCUCGUCAGGGGACCUAAGCUCGGAGCUCGACGAUGAGCCCAACUCCGAUCCUGGGCUGGCCACCGUGGGCCGGCAGGACUCGUCUCAGCCGUAUCAAGCGGUGCCGGACCGACCGCUGCAGUCCCAACCGGGCCCGAUACCGCCUCCGACACAGCCGCCGAUACCGGGCGCGCCGCCCCAGGGACCACCGCAGCCCAUCGGCGGCGAUCUCAGCCUUAACUUGAGACCCGGCUCGCGGACCACCAGCGCGCCGUCCUCGCCGGCGAAGACCCGGGAGAGUUUGCUCCAGCGGGUGCAGAGUUUGACCGGCGCCGCCCGUGACCAGGGUGCUUCUAUUUUGGGAGCGGCGGUGUCUGGCGCGACCAGAGGCCAGUCAUACAGCAAAGAUCGAUGCUUUACUCUGCUGGUGAUCGACGACCAGAACACCGACUGGAGCAAAUACUUCCGAGGACGCAGACUGCAUGGUGAUUAUGAGAUCCGCGUGGAGCAGGCGGAAUUUCGGGAAUUGUCCCUCACGGCGAGCGAGUCAGGCACCAUCGUGUCCAUGGCUGUCUAUCGUAACGGGACCAAAGUCAUUCGAUCCUUCAAGCCUGAUUUCGUAUUGAUACGUCAAAAUCUGCGAGAUGCUGGAGAAGAUUUCAAAAAUCUUCUUCUUGGCCUGAUGUACGGCGGUGUACCCAGUGUUAACAAUAUAACAGCAAUUUACAACUUCCAGGACAAACCUUGGGUAUUUGCGCACCUGCUGGGUCUACAACGUCGUUUGGGUAAAGACAACUUCCCUCUGAUCGAGCAGAGUUAUUACCCCAAUCAUCGUGAAAUGGUAAGCGCAUCUCGAUAUCCCGUCGUGGUGAAACUGGGCCACGCCCAUGGCGGAACCGGCAAGGCUCGUGCGGAAACGAAUCAAGAAUUUCUAGAUCUCGCCUCGCUGGCAGCUAUGGCGAACACCUACUGUACGGCGGAACCUUACAUCGACACCAAGUACGACGUACAUGUGCAGAAGAUCGGAAGCAAUUACAAGGCGUUCAUGCGGAAAAGUAUAAGCGGCAACUGGAAGUCGAACACAGGCUCGGCCAUGCUGGAGCAGCUUGCCGUGAGCGAGCGACACCGCACGUGGGUCGACCAUGUGGCGCAAUUAUUCGGGGGAUUGGAUAUCUGUGCGAUUGAAUUGCUGGUGGGUAAGGAUGGCCGGGAGCACAUAAUCGAGGUCAACGACAGCGCGCUGUCCUUAAUGGGCGACUCCCAGGAAGAGGACCGACGUCACAUCGCGGACUUGGUCACAGCGAAGAUGCAGGUUUAUUGUCGACCUCCGAGCGUACUGACGAAGACCGCCUCGCGAGGCUCGAUGUCCGGUUCGAGCCAAGUGAGCAGUCCGGUGGAAGAUCGCACCGCGCCUCCGACAGCACCCUUAGGAUCCCACGGAAGCCUGGGUUCCAUGGCUAGCAUAGGAAGCUUAGGCUCCGUGGGCACCACCGCGCCGAUACAGAGUGACGUCACUUCUCAAUCAAGCACAGUGAGCAGCGCGCCGUCCGUCGGUCGACGUACUGAAGACAUACCGCCGACGUCCAGGGUGCCGUUCCACCGGCAAGGCAGCCAAUCGCAGGCCACGGGCGAGGACACCGAGGACACGAUGAAGAAUCUGCGAAAGACCUUCGCCGGGAUCUUUGGCGACAUGUAGACCAUAAGAUAGGGCCGACGCAGCGAGAGCGUGGACAUCGAGCGCUCUCGCGGUGAGGUAUCUAACGAUAAGUCGGCACCAAAAACACGAACUCAUGAUAUUCUACGGAGAUCCUUGAGCAUGUUCCAGGAUUGAACAGCUCGUCUUACUAGAUGAGCCGAUCGUGCGGAAGUUGACGCGCGAAGAGCAUAUAAAUAUCUAUAUAUUUGCAGAUUGUCGUAGGAAACUCGCGAAACUGCAUGCCGCACGCGAGGUGCGCUGAACCUAUCUGAAUUUGAUCGAAAAUUAUCCGAGAUUGAAAGCUUUCGCGCUCGAUCGGGUCGAACAAAGCACGUGAUAGCAUUUAGCAACGAUUACUGUGUACUUUAGGGAGAAGCUGAAACACGAGGAUUUCCGCGUUCAACGACUUAAUAAGCUAACGCGAUGUAUGGUAGCUAAGUAGGUCCUGUAUAUUGAGAGAGAUUCAUGGUCGAAUGCGUAUGUGUGUGUGUGUGUGUGUGUGUGUGUGUGCGUACGUUCGAGAAGUAAAGUAGAUUCUAUGUAUAAUCCGAGGUAAUCAAUCCGUGUUAAUCGACGAAUUAAAUGAAAAGUUAGGCAAGCUCAGUGGAGAACGGCAGUUUCUUUAAUAUCAGCUUUGAUGUUGAAUUGCUACUGCGACACCCAGUGAAAUAUUUGCGUCACAUAAACCAUAAAAAACGUGCUUUCUCACCGUUAAAAGUAAAGAGUCGCUCUGUAGGCCCCUGGCAUCUCCUCAACCGGUUUUACUUCGAGCACCCACUUUUAGGCUUAACGUUUGGAUCGUCGUGUGUCAUAUUGUCAUUUAAGGGAAAAUGCAUUGCGAGAUGGAAAUUAAGGCAGGCAAAUGGGCGUCUCUUUGGGCGAUCUCGCAAUGUUUGUAAAAAAUAUAUAUGUACGCCUACCGUCAUUCGAGGUAAUCGAAGACGACAAAAAAAGAGGAGAUUCGGGCAUUAUUCUGAACAUUUGGCUAACCGAGACUGCAAGCGGUCGUUUGGUUUCAUCGGGAACUACAAGUCGGGAAGGACAAAGUGUGUAGUUGUCUCUACUUUUAAACGCACAAGUAGUAUUUAAGGUAAUCAGGGAUGAGCGAAUUGUUUUACAAUACCACGGACAAGAUUUUCGUAUCUUCGAAAAUCUGAAUCCGCGAGUUCUUUGCCGAUAAUUCCGUUGCGCGAUUAGUUCGUCGAAAUAUCCGCUCGCCGGAUAUGUCGGCAGAAUCAAUUCGCGCGGCACGCUAAUAAAUUUCUCACGGGGAUAUCUCGCGUGCAGAAUCCUCAUUAAAGAUAAAAAUUUGUCGCGCAUCCCGAAAGUAGCGACAUUUCUUUUCCUAAAUUUUUCGCACAUCGCGGGUCGUCGUUGAAACCACGCAGGGGCGACCGCGUGGUCGGUGGAAAAUUCAUGAAAAUCUAGUCGCUGGAUUUUAGCGUUAAGGAACGAGAGAUCGCGUAAGCGACGGAUCUUGGCGCGAGAAACGGAAGGAUCGAUCGAAAAAUGAUUCUCACGGACGUGGGCGUUGAUUACUCCGGCAUGCGAUCGUGCAAUGCGGAACAGAAUGAUCCCGACACAUAGAUCUGCAAAUAUAUACAUAUACGCGUACGUAUGUGCGAACAGGAACUGAAUGUAGCAUCGGCGAAGUAUAUCGGAUAAACGUAGUGAAAACUACGCGGAGCACAGCACGUAGAAAGGCAAUUUUCAUCGAAUGAACGGAUUUAACUUGUUAUAAAAGUAACAAGGAGAGGUCGGGAAAUAUAAUCGACUGUGGUUUCAGCUCUGAAAAAAAAGGAAGGAUCAACGUUGCAAUAAGCGUUGAAAAUACACACUCUGUUGACGCAAGCACUCGCUGAAAAAAAUAAUAAUGUGAUAAAAAUUUAUCUUUGAAAAUCUACAUCAAUUAAUAUGUAAUUAAUUGAUAGAAAUAAAGAGGAAGACGUAAAUUUAAGCGACAAAGAGAGCGCGAGUUUCUUUGAAAGUACAAUCUUGUUUAGAAUUCCCUGUGUAAUGGAAAUCUUACAUUAUACGGUUUCGUCGUGUCUUUUCCGCGGUUUCCCAAUCGCGUAAGUAAUAAAUAAUUAACGAUUUGAUUUUCAUGUGCCUUGACACUGAAGUGUCCUUCGUAUCACGUUGUUCGCGGUAUUAAAAGUCGGUGGAUAAAGUGCGAUGGACAAAAAUGAUUUUCGAAAGGUAUAAGCUACAAUGCGUACAAUCGCUGCGACGAGAAUGAAAUAGACGGCGUUUUAAGCAGAUAUUGGACUUUAUACAGCACGUGAUCUGUUGUUUAUACAUUUUAUAAAUCUCGUUCUCAUUGCAUUUGUAUAUUCACUGAGACACACUGUUUCUUCAGUGAUUGUCAAUCGCGGUGAAGAAGUGUGCGCACCCGUCCAGCUUACAUUCAACUUACAACUACGCACCUUCGAUAUCAAAGAGUAUAUCAAAGAAUACGUUGUAUAAGUAAGCGCUUGUAUAUACCAUAAUUUCCGCGGAGAUAAUUGCAAUCCUGACGGUUUUUCAAUUCUGCAAUAACGUGAUGGUAGAUUGUCUUCCAUGCGUUACGAACUGAAUAUCUUCUAAGUGAGACAGACGCCUUAGCAUCUAUAUAAGUUCGACAAAAAUGCUGAUAUGCAGUAUCAAUGUCUACAAGCGCUCGCUACGAUCUCGCUCAUUGUGUGCUAUCGGCGUCUUUAGCACUCGUAAGAUAUAAAAUAUUGAACAAAAACGAUUAUUUUGUGUGCAACGAUAAGACAGGUUUCUUUUAAACGCGAAAACGAUCUGUGUAACGCACAAAAAAGUGUUCCGUACACAACGUACAUCUUGCUUUUGAGUGUCUUACACAUCAAAGGAUUGAAAUACAACCUUUUGAAUAGUUUGUUAUGUCGGUAUACUUCUGCAAAAAACAUAAUCGUAUUCUUGAAAGUACUUAAAUGUAAAUUAUAUGUUAGAGCUCUCUUCUUCACCAAUUCUUUCAUAGUGGAAACAUUAAUUUAGCACGUUUCACGAAGUUUUGAAGAGAAAAAUUUAUGCAAUUAAGGGUUAAACAGGAACACAAAGACUGCACAAAAGUUUGAACGGCUUGACGCACACGAGACGGGUCUCCAAUUCCGUUUUCAGAGCUGACGCCACAGUGCGAAGAAGAGCAAUCAAACAAUCAUAAUCACAUCACCGCGUGAAGGUCAAUCGAUCAGCGCUAGAACGCGUAUAGACGCGAUUACAGGUGAAGAAUAUCUCAGGGGUGCGAAGUCUAGGCACUAGAUACAAAUAGAAACUAGAAGCGGCACGCACGUGGCCACACGUCGCAGCCUAGUCAAAUCAUCGACGUUGAGUUCAGACGGUAGAGUGGAUAGAGGGAUUUAGGAUUCGCUUGUUCGAAGAAAUCCUUGUGACUGUGAUCCUUGAGAUUGUUUGUAGAAAAGAAAGCUCUGCGCGCGCGUUUCGUUCGAUCGAUCGCUCUUUGGACCAAUUUUUAAUAUUUUAACGUUUUGUGUUGUUCUAUAAACUUUUUCAUGUUAUUGCAAGUUUUUUCUAAAAAUAAAAAAUAAUCUCUUUCAGUUUUAUUAAAAUAUUUGCAUCAUUUUUUGUUAAGAUUU